AUGAUUGGCCACUUGGUUGAGGAAAACAAAGAGAUAAAGAAUCAUAUGUCGAAGUUAACCAAUGCCUUAGCUGUAGGGGAACAUGAAAAGUUUUCAGCUCAAGCUCAACCAAACCCAAAAAGGCAACACAUGGUACAAACCUCAAGAUCCAAAGAGACGAAUUUUAAGGAGGUGAAUGCCAUAACCACUAGAUUAGAGAAGGUUGUAGAACCAACCCCUCCAUUUAGAGAGAAUGAAAAAGAGCCAAGUAAGCCUAACGAGAGUAGUCCUAGUGAGGAAGUAGUGGAAAACCUAGCUAGAAUUUCCUCAAGCUCUCAAGUCUACUUUGAAAUCAACAGCCUUCUUGAUUUCGAAACUAAUGUCAACCUCAUGCCAUAUGCUAUAUACUUGUUGUUAGGUCUAGGAGAGAUGAAACCCACCUCAAUGGUUCUACAAUUAGCUGACCGGUCCACCAUACAACCAAGGGAAGUAGUUGAGGAUGUAACUUUCCUUGCUACAGCUAACGCUCUUAUCAAUUGCAAGAAUUGUUUGAUGAAGCUGACACUUGAAAAUAUGACUCUAGAAGUCAAUAUUUUCCAUGUCACAAAAGAACCUACGGAAGCUAAUAAAUGCCAUCAAACCUACAUGAUUGAUGCAUUCGCUCAAGAGGAAGCAUCCACAACAAUUGAUUAUGAUCUUUUGAACUCUUUUCACCUAAAUUAUGAAAUUUCAUAUGGUUUUAAUGUUGAUGAGUAUGCUAACAUUUGUGCUAUUUUUGCAAAAUUACAGGACCACAGAACUUCACCAUGGCCAGAAUUGAAACAACUUCCUACAGGACUGAAACAUGUGUUCCUCGGACCAGGGUGGACCAUAACCGACAUCAAAGGUAUUAGUCCUUUAAUUUGUUCCCAUAUAAUUCAUCUAGAGGAAGGGACUAAUCCUAGGAGAGAACCACAAAGUAGACUAAACCCCACAAUGAAGGAAGUGAUAAAGAAUGAGAUAGUAAAUGGGUUAGUCUUACACAGGAAUUUGACAUCAUUAUCAGCAGACCAUCUGUCAAGGCUGACAUUUGAAGACAACUCAAACACCUUGCCAAUUAGAGAUGAAUUUCCUGAUGAAAAUUUAUUUACUAUCUCUUCUCUACCAUGGUUUGCUAAUAUUGUGAAUUACUUAGCUGCAGGUGAAAUCCCAAAGGAGAGGAGUGCACAGGAUAUGAGAAAAUUUUUAGUUGAGUGUGAUUUUUAUUGGCCCACCUUGUUUAAAGACACUGAUGCCUAUUGUAGAUCUUGUGAGAGGUAUCAAAAACUAGGUGCUAUUUCUCACAGUAAUAUGAUGCCUUUAAAUCCCAUUUUAGUAGUUGAAGUGUUUGAUUGUUGGUGCAUUGACUUUACGGGACCCUUUCCAUCCUCUUUUAGCUAUUUAUACAUCAUUGUAGCUGUAGACUAUGUGUCUAAGUGGGUAGAGGCGGUUGUUUGUGGAGCCAAUGACAAUAAAACAGUUGUUAAAUUCCUUAAAGAAAAUGCUUUGUCUCGAUUUGGUACACCACGUGUUAUCGUUAGUGAUAGAGGCACACACUUUUGCAACCGUUCAUUUGAGGCACUAAUGAAAAAGUAUGGGGCGAUUUAUAAAAUUUCCACUUCUUAUCACCCACAAAAUAGUGGACAAGUAGAAUUGGGUAAUGGGGAAAUUAAGCAAAUUUUGAAAAAGACGGUGAACCUUAAUCGUAAGGACUGGUCGUUGAGACUGAAUGAUGCACUUUGGGCUUACCAUACAACUUUUUAA